AUGGAAUUUCUCUUCGAUUGUACUGUUCAACUCGAUAUUUUACGACUUUCUUGGGGCACACAGUAUAUUCAAAAUCACGUUGCAACUAAUUACGUCGCUUUUUUCACUGGUGCCUUAGUCGUUGAAAACCACAACAAAGAAGCGACAAUUUGGAAGGAAAGAGCUCAUCUCAUGCUCAACAGAACGAUGUUUCUUCUAAGCCAUGUUGUAGAUGGUUCCAUGGAGGAAGGAGUUGCUUAUGGCUCGUACACCUCACGGUCUUUGACUCAGUACAUUUUUUUGGCCAAGAGACACCUUGGUAUUGAUUUGACAAACAACAUUUGGCUGCGACAACACUUUUGGUUCCUAUACCGCACCAUUCUUCCAGGUUUUACUGAGACAGUCGGCAUUGCUGAUUCAAACUCCAAUUGGUUUUACGGUCCCGAAAGUCAACUCGUUUUCUUGGAUAAUUUUGUAAUGAGAAAUGGUUACGGAAACUGGCUGGCAAGUAAAAUUCGUAGGUUACGAUUGGAAGAUCCUCAGGUAAAAGGUAACUUUGGGCAGCGUUUCUGCACACUGUAUACUGAAUUUUUAUUCUUCGAUGCAAGCAUUCCCGAGAGAGAACCACCUAAUGCAUACAUUCCUCAUCUGCAUAUUUUCCAAGACUGGGGUGUCGUUACUUACGGAGGUGGCGCUCUGGAUAAAGAUGGGGAGAGAAGUACCUUCCUCUCGUUCAAGUCCAGCGUUCUGCAUGGCAGGGCAGUGAACGAAAUUGUUAGACGCAAACCUUAUGACUGGAUAUUAGGAUGGCCUAAUUUCAAUCCAGGCCACGAACAUCCUGACCAAGGGUCGUUUGUAUUUGCACCUAAUGGGGUUCCUUUUAUCAGCGAGACCCUUUAUGGGCCAAAAUACACGUGGCUCAACAAUGCACUCUUAUUUGGACCCACAACCAAGCCCACUUGUUCUGGGCCCUUUGAAGGCCAAAUUGGAGACUGUGAAAAAUGGCUAAAUUACAAAGACGAAAAAUUAUGGUUUGCUGACGCUAGUGUCGUUGCUGCCGCACAAUCUGAAGAAGUUGUUUUCAUGAGUGGCGAGAUGUCUGGAUGGUACAAUUCUUUCCUUGGACUUACAAGUGUUUAUCGUGCUCUUCUUCUGUUAGGACCUGGGGUUCUUUUAGUAGUUGACCAUAUUGAGACAAGACCAGACAGCCCAACCCAAUACGUUGGAGCGUUUUUUCAUAACAGAAACUCGCCCUUCGAGCUAAAAGAAGACCGGCAUGGAGAAACAGUCGGCUCAAUUACUUUGCGUGGUAAACGGUAUCUUGUUCUUUUAGGCAACUCUCAUAGAGGACGCAGUAUUGUACAUUCCCAACGCGCCGAACAUCCAAGCGAGAGUAGACCUAGAAAUACUAACUUCCUCAACAUCACAGCAAGACUAAAGCAGAGGCAAACAAGAUUGGCGUACGUUUUUGUUGCACCUGAAAAUAACGUGACGAAGCCUCAAUUACAAGACGAUGAAAAUGGCGUGCAUGCUUCUUUAGAAAUCAAUGGCCUCUCGUAUCACAUAUCAAUUGCUACUAGGUUCAAUUCUUCACGGGGAAGGCGUAAGUUCCUCGGCUUUGAUGGAUUUACAAGAGUUCAAGUUGGUAAUAACUGUGUGAUAAAGUUUGGAUUACGGAACAAAGCAGCAACUCAGAGCAUUAACCAGUGGGCCGUUAGUCCAGUAUUCUCUUUCAAAACAAAUUUCAUUAUUUUCUUUGCAUGGAUCCUUGGUUUCCUUGUAAUAUUUCGAAGUGCAUUCUAUAAAUUUCGACGGCGCAUUUGUACUAUAUAUUUGAUUUUUGGACUCACCUUACUACCGUGGAUUAUAACAGUGUUCUCAUAAGACAAAUUAUACUCUGUAAAAACGCGACGCUCAAAGAUUUCGUGCCAAAAUAAACACUUUUCCGGCAUUGGGUUUGUCAAAAUUACAAAAUGGCAAAUCAUUCCAAAUAAUUGAGGACGACAUGGACACGUACAAUCCUGGUCAGAGUAAAAUAAGAAAUAAAAGUAGCCCUUCCCCCCAAGUCAAUGAUGAACACGCGCUAAAGCCAAAUCGCACCAUUUUUUUUUGUUCAUCGUUGAAAUGAGGGGAGGGGUGGUCUUAACUUUUCAUUUAAAUUGACCGAAAUUGUAACUUCAGAUCGAGAGACAUUCGAUAUUUACAGAAAUCUUGUCCUUUUCAACUCAUUUUUCGCGUCGUUACCCGUUGUAUAUACGCGGCUCCUCAAAUACUUACCAAAUGCCUGGAACAAGUUUGUAUUACUACAUUCAACAUGGCCUCCGCGCCUUUGUCAUUGAAAUCUCUAGGGAUUUGUCGCAAACUGAGCAUGACGUCACGUCAUCCACAUUGGUGUUCCAAAACAAUGAAACGGCGGUCAUGUUGGUGUACCAUGCCAAUCCUGUGGGAUUUGAACUCUUUUCUUAUGUAAACAUUUCCAUUUGUUUCAAUAAAUUUGUAUAUGUGCUGGCCAUGUGAAUGAAAACGCUCCAUAACCUUAAGUCAUAAUUACUCAACAAUCGAGAUCAUCGAAGAAUUAAAGCAAUAAUGUGAACUGACUCGAGACGAUCAUCAUAGCCAUCAAAAUCGUUACAUCAGUCUCUGCAUUAGAAUUGCAGGAAGCAUUCCACUAUUAACUGUCCUCUAUUUUUUAUGCUUUCAUUAAAACAAAGGAGCACCUUGGGAUGUUUAGGAACAUACCAUUAUUUUCUCAGGACGCGUGGGGGGCGGGGGAAUUUUUGGGGCAGGAAUUUUUUUCUCGCCUUUAGAUUUUG